AUGAACAGAAAAUUCGAUUGGUUUCAGGACGAAAAUACACUAACAUUAAUUAUAUAUGAAUCACUUGUAAUAUCUGAAUCUGUUAAAAUUAAACUCGAGGAUAAAAACAUACAAAUAUCAUAUAAAACCAAAAUAGGUAAAUGUGUUAACUUAUUAUUGAAUUUAGAUUCUAAAAUUAAAUCCUUAAAACUAAAAUUGACAUCGCAAAUAAAUAAUCCUGAUGAUGAUCCAAAAAAUGUCAAUUUAUUGGUUACAGAGAAAAAAAUCGAAGUGAAACUGUUCAAAAAGGAAGCUGGUCUGUGGGAUGAACUACAAUCUGUCGAGAGAGAUGCCAACAACGACAAUAAAAAAUCAACUCUAACAAAUAAGUUUAAUGAUAAGGAAUUGGAUAGCGAAUCAAGUGAUGAUGAUUCUGACUUAAGCUCUGAGGACCAAUUUAUGAACCUGUUGAAAAGCAUAUACUCCAAGGGCGAUGAUAAUACGAGAAGGGCAAUGAUCAAAUCAUUUAUACGUGCCCCUAGUCAAAUUGGAGAGGAUCAUGACUUACAAAUCGGGGAUCCCUCGUCUUCAAUUACUGAUACAUUUGUUGCUUCCGCUAAAGAGCCUGAAGAAGAAUAUCCUACUCAUAGUAGCAAAGCAGAAGAGGCAUGUUGCAACCAUACACAACACACAAACAUGUUUUACUUACACAUUUCUCAGAUACUCGAUGAACUCUCUGAAAUUGAACCUCCAAGUCGAAUAGAACCGCCUAGGCAUGAUAUUGAAACGUUGACUAAGGUCGAGCACGUAGCAACUACUGAUAAUUGCCAAAGGGACUACUCAAAGCCCUGUCCACUGCAAUUUACCCAUGAACUGCUUGAGGAUGGAUCUCACAAAUGCGUGUUCCCCAAAUUUUACUCAGGACCAUGCCUAGGCCAGGACUUAAUUUAUAAGGAAAUGGGAAAUGACGAGAAGGUUCAGUGGUCUAAAAAUUGUAUGGCCAAUUGGCCAUGUGUAUUCUGUAACAGAAUCUACUCUCUCUACUGUCCAGGUGGCUUUGAAUGCAAAGCUCUAAACAGCUACUCCGGCCCCUGCAAAGAGGAGACCUAUAACUUUAUCGACUACAAUAUCGCAAUGCAAAAGGACUGGAGCAGAAUGUGUAAAUCAUACUGGCCAUGCUCAAGCUCAUAA